GAUGGAAAUGGUGAAAUGGAACUGUUGUUUCAGUCUGAAUUACAUUUUCAUUCGGUACUUUGAAUUUUUACACAUGUGAAUUUUUUUGAUCAAUCUUGGAAAUGCCGCCCCUGAAUUUUGGCGCCCUAGGCGACCGCCUGCCCUGUCUACCCCCUAGCGACGGCCCUGAGGAUAUGAUAUUAAUCAAAAUACACAUACUGGUUCAACGCAAGUAGAAUCGGAAUGAUACCCUGCAGCAAAUCCAAGUACACAUUUCGAGAAUUGGGCAACGAAAUUUAACAGGUCAAUAUCAACCAUGAUCAAACGUCAAGGGAACAACGGAUGGUAAUAAUCCGUAAUAAACCAUUAUGUAUUCUAACGACAGUCAUUGUUUCUGAAACGACUUACAAAUAUACUCAGACGAUGUGCACAACCGAGCAAUUAUAAAACAUAAACUAAUAUUGACGGCCCGAAAAAAAUGUUCAAACCAUUUGUGCAACUGCCGACGAGAACUGGUUGUUAAACUGGAGACACUCUCGAGGAAUGAGAGGAACCUCUUGAAUUUUGACCAAAUUGUUAUUUUUGGUGAUCGUGCUAUGCAGGAUUUGUGUCUGUUUCUUUCGGGAGUUUUUGCUGAAAGUGAAUAAAUGAAGUUCUUUUUUAUCAGUUGAUUGUUCUCUAUUUUGGGUUGGAACGAGCAACAAACCUGAUGGACAAUGAUGUAAUCAGCGAUCAAAUAAACAAAAGAUUAUUCGAGACCUUCAAUAGCAGAAACAAGAUCGGGAAAAGGGCUUUUGGUGGUAGAAAAUUUAGCACACCUGCUGCCCUUAACACAGAUCGCCUUCAGUCUGCUUUUAUAGUAAAUAAACGUCGUUUUAGUAAUGUAGGCGAUGUCGUUUCUAGGAAAUUAUCCACAACUAUUGGAUGGAGGACUUCAGUUGCUCCUUCCCAAGAGGUGAUCCUAGCUGGAAGAACUCUCUGCAACAUGUACAUCAGAAACAGACUGAAGAGGGCCGGCCUCUUCAGAAGAAAGAUAGGUCUGAUCCGACCACAGAUCAUGUUAGGAUCUUCUUCAAUUCACGAGAACAUAGCGAAAGAAAUAUUUCCUUACCUCCUUCAGUCUUGCUUAGAAUUGGAAAGGAUGUAUUCGAAUCUUUACACGAACAUAGCGAGGCAGCUACAUUGCACAGAAAAAAUGGACGAAGUUGCGGAAAUAAUGGUUGCGGUGGGCCACGAGAUAUUCCGAGCUGAACCCACUUGGGGAAAAGUCAUAGCCAUUUUUUGCGUGGCUGGUGGUUUGGCAGUGGAUUCGAUCAAGACUGGAAACGCUGAGAAUGUCAGCAGAGUGGCAGAUGGGAUGGCUGAGUUAUUAGAAGACAGGGUGGCAGAAUGGAUUACAUCCAAUGGAGGAUGGAUUCACCUGUGCAAUAGAUGUCGAAAAGAAGAAGAUAAAGAGGUGGUGUUAUUUGUGGGAUAUUCUGGAAUAUUUAUGUUGAUUAUUACUAUAUUAGCAAUUUCUUAUUUCCUUAUGAACUCUCUUUUAAGAUAUUUGCUGUGAAGAAAUAGUAUUAUUGUAUUUAUUAUUUAUAUUAAAAUGAAAAGAAUGUAAAAGCAUGAAAUAAAAAUAGAAAAUUUGAUGGAAGCGACAAUAAAAUCACUUAUUGUUUGAAAAAUAAAUUAUUGAAUUACUGAA